CAUACCCGAUGCCGACAUUUGUAAUGUCCAAAGUUAUCGUUCCUAUGCCACGUCAGUAGUCACAGUAAGCAUGAACGGCACGCCAGCCUUCUUUUUUAACUUGUCCUCUUCCGGCAACCCAUUCUGGACUUUUUCCAUUUUCGUCUUUUCUCCGUAAUGGAGCGAAACUCCCCGCCGGCACCACCCAAGUGGGAAGGCAAGGUUUCCGCAAGACUAAACGGUGCCGUCGCUGACCAAAUAUGGCCUUUGUUUAAGGACUUCUUCAACUUCCACAAAUGGUUUCCUGGCUUAGCCACUUGCUACGGCAUCCACGGCACCAACGGUGAGCCCGGCUGCAUCCGAUAUUGCGCCGGAUUCUCCAUCCCCUCCGACUCCGGUAACGAUUCCAUCAGCUGGUCCAACGAAAGAUUAAUUGCCGUCGAUGACGAUUCACGUAGCUUAAGCUACGAGAUCGUGGACUGCAAUAUUGGGUUCGAGUCGUACGUUGCGACGGUGAAGAUUGUUCCCCAGGGUGAUGAAGGCCAAGCUGGAUGUGUGAUCGAGUGGUCGUUCACCGUUGAUCCGGUGGAAGGGUGGGUACGGGAUGAUUUAGUGAGGAGGUAUGAGGUGGGCCUGCAGGGCAUGGCCAAGAGGAUGGAGGAUGCACUGCGAGAGGGAAUGGAGCGUGACGGGUAGUUGUUUUCGGCCCGGAUAAUGGAGCGGGAAGGGUGGUUGUUUAUUUGCGGCCCGGAGAAUGGAGGAUGGCGCUGGGAAGUUGGGGCCAGAAGGGUAGUUGGUCGUAAUUUCAAUACUGUCCAUGGUGGAGGGUAGUAGAUUGUAAUUUCAAUAUUGUUCAUUAUGAGUGUAGUUUUUUUUUUUUUUUUUUUUUUUCAUUAUGAAGGGUAGUUGUUAUUUUACUGUUAUAUUCACAAAAUAAUUAUAAAAAUAAUUUUAUACACA